GAACACGAGCUCUCCGGUGCAAGUUAAUCACUCUUGCUACUCAGACGGCAAGAAUUGGCGGAAAAUAAUACGGAAUUUACUCUGCCCAUCCCUCUCCACUGCCGGCUAAGAUGGUCAUGCUCAAGGACCCCUCGAAGAAGUACAAGAGGUUCCCUCCUCUCAACCUCCCUGAUCGCCAAUGGCCGAACAAGACCAUUGACAAGGCCCCUCGGUGGCUGUCAACAGACCUUCGGGAUGGCAACCAAAGCCUUGUUGAUCCCAUGAACGGCGAGCAAAAGUGGAAAUACUUCCGCAUGCUGUGCGAGCUCGGCUACAAGGAGAUCGAGGUGUCAUUCCCCUCGUCAUCGCAAACCGAUUUCGACUUUACCCGGCGCCUGAUCGAGACCGAGGGAGCCAUACCCGACGAUGUUUGGCUUCAGGUUCUUUCGCCCUGCAGAGAGGAUCUCAUCCGCCGCACCGUCGAGUCUCUCAAGGGGUCUAAGAAGGCUAUUGUGCACAUCUACCUUGCCACCAGCGAGUGCUUCAGGAGGGUCGUCUUCGGCUUUUCCGAGGACCAGAGUGUUGAGCUGGCCAGCAAGUGUGCCGCCCUGGUCCGGUCCUUGACCAAGGAUGACCCUUCACAGUCGGGGACGGAAUGGGCGUUCGAGUUUAGCCCAGAGACCUUCUCUGACACUAGCCCGGAGUUUGUCGUGCGCAUCUGCGAGGCGGUAAAGAAGGCUUGGGAGCCCACGGUCGAGAACCCCAUCAUCUUCAACCUGCCUGCGACUGUCGAGGUGGCCACCCCGAACGUCUACGCCGACCAGAUCGAGUUCUUUUGCCGUAACAUCACCGAACGCGAGAAGGUUUGUGUAUCGUUGCAUCCUCAUAAUGAUCGCGGGACUGCGUCGGCCGCAGCUGAAUUAGCCCAGAUGGCUGGCGCGGACAGAGUUGAGGGAUGCCUCUUCGGGAAUGGAGAGCGCACCGGCAACGUCGACCUUGUAACACUUGCCUUGAACCUUUAUACCCAGGGUGUGACUCCCAACGUGGACUUCUCCGACCUCGGAAAGGUCAUCAGGAUAGUGGAGGAAUGCAACAAGAUCGAGGUGCACCCGCGUGCGCCAUACGGAGGUUCCCUGGUGGUGUGUGCCUUCAGCGGCUCGCACCAGGAUGCUAUCAAGAAGGGGUUCCAGGUGCGCGAGAACGAAGGCAAGGGCUAUGAUGACUACUGGCAGGUUCCCUAUCUUCCCCUCGAUCCUCAGGAUAUCGGGCGGGAUUAUCAGGCUGUCAUCCGCGUCAAUUCGCAAAGCGGAAAGGGCGGCGCCGCCUGGGUCAUUCAGCAGCACCUGCACCUCGAUUUGCCUCGUGGUCUCCAAGUCGCCUUUUCUCAGGUCGUCCAGAACAUGGCAGAGAAGAAGGGCCGGGAGCUCCUACCCACCGAGAUCACAGACCUGUUCCGGCAGACUUACUUCCUCACACAAAGCCCGCGGUUCAGCAUCGUCGAUUACACCAUUUCGCCCGACCGAUCCGCGUCGCCCGCCCCCCCGGAACCGGGUAAGACACAGGAUACGACGAGCCUCAGGAGACUCUUUGAGGGUGUUGUGUCGGUCGACGGCCUUGAAUACAAGCUCCGCGGCCGUGGCAACGGUCCGAUUUCUAGCUUGGCUAACGCCCUCCGGACCGUUGGCAUAGAUCUCGACGUUCAGGACUACAAGGAGCAUGCCGUCGGCAGGGGCCGCGAUGUCAAGGCCGCGACAUACAUUGAAUGCACGGCGGCUGGAACGAAGAAAACGGUAUGGGGCGUGGGUAUCGAUGAGGAUGUGGUCCAGAGCUCCCUGAUUGCUCUUCUGAGCGCUGCCAGCAACUUCACCCCGAGCCGACAAGGAAGCCCUGUCCUCUCGAAGACGACCGCCAACGGGCCUCAGCCACCUGACUUCCUCAGCGUUCUCGAGGCAAAGGCGGCGGACGUGUAAUUUUGGACGUCCACAUACUUUGGUAGUUGCCAUCUUGCC